UACAUCCUUAUAGAGGUCAGAGGCCAUGCGACUGAACCGUCUCGGAAGUGCUAAAUGCUGCUGAUGUUUUUAUUAACGUGGUCCGAUCUGAAAAUUUGGAUUUAAAAUCGUCGUGUCUAAAAAGCUUCUGUGGUUCCUCCACGCGUUUAUUGUUAGCUUCUGGUCGUUUCUAUCGAGCUGUAUUCCUCACAAUUAGCUGUUUAUCGACUGAUGCUAACUAGCCUAGCUUAGCAUUAGGUAGAGUUGGGCAAAGUUUUUGGUUUCCGAGAGUUAAAUAAGUUCACUGAGUGAUUCAGGGGGCAGAAAACACGGAUCUGAAAAUGCAGGAAAUGAUCGCCAACGUUGAUCAUUUAAAGUUUGAUCUGGAGAUCGCUGUGGAGCAGCAGUUAGGGGCUCAACCGCUGCCUUUCCCAGGAAUGGACAAGUCAGGUGCAGCCGUAUGCGAGUUUUUCAUGAAAUCUGCUUGUCUAAAAGGUGGAAUGUGUCCUUUUCGGCACAUCAGUGGAGAAAAAACGGUGGUUUGUAAACACUGGCUUCGAGGAUUGUGCAAGAAAGGAGAUCAGUGUGAAUUUCUGCACGAGUAUGACAUGACGAAGAUGCCAGAAUGCUAUUUCUACUCCAAGUUUGGGGAAUGCAGUAAUAAAGAAUGUCCUUUCCUACACAUUGAUCCGGAAUCUAAGAUUAAAGAUUGUCCGUGGUACGACCGAGGGUUCUGCAAACACGGCCCGGAUUGCCGGCACAGACACACGAGGAGGGUCAUCUGUGUUAAUUAUCUCGUCGGAUUCUGUCCUGAGGGCAAGUCGUGCAAGUUCAUGCACCCACGCUUCGAGCUGCCUAUGGGGACAAACGAACAGCCUCCUCUUCCUCAGCAAGUCCAGACCCAGCAAAAGCAGAAUGCACAGAACUUAAACAGAUCAUCGUUGUCACUGAUUCAGUUAACCAGCAACAACUCUAAUGCCAAUAGCAACCAUCAGAAACCUUUACACAUUCUCGGAGUGUCACAGCCUCAGAACAACACGGGUGGCUCCCGAGGCCCUCGUCCGCUGGACCAGGUCACGUGUUACAAGUGUGGAGAAAAGGGACAUUACGCAAACAAAUGCACAAAAGGACACCUGGCUUUCCUAAGCGGACAGUGACGUUCUACUUCACAACGUUUCCGCUAAUAAACUGCUGGAAAUUCAGCUCAAAGACAAACAAGGUUCGGUCUGUUAAGAGUCUCAGCGGUCACUCUGGUGGACUUUCUCUGCCGCGUUCACGUCACGGAUGUCGAACAAAUUCAGUUCUCUGCCAUGAUCAACUUUUGUGCGAAGAACGGAAGAAAAAAGAAAUCAGCAGUUUUUUUUAAGCUCAUAGUUCUAGACCGCUGGGAAUCUAUUGUCCAACGGGGAAUAAAAUUUGGGAAUGUUUGCAGGUUUCAAGUAGAAAAGGAAAAAAAGAAGAAAAAACAAAAACCCUGAGGAUAAACUGUUCAAUUUCACCGUUACCUUCAGUGCUGAGUUCUCAGGAUUUAAAUCACCAAACUAGAACCAUCGCUUAAUUUCAGUUGGUUGAAAAUCCAGUCUGAUUGAUUCAAACCUUUGUAUUUCCGGUGCAGAGUAAAAGUUUGAUUUGUUAAAACAUGCGUUUUAUAAUCUGUGAAUCUCAUCCAUAAAAUGUUUUGUUGAGCAGUAACAAAGUAAGUCUGAAAUGAAAAUUAAAAGCAACUGAUUUUGUUCCUGAAAAUAAAACAGAGGAGCAUAUUCAUAAUAAAAACCAAACACAACAGUGUUACUUAA